AACAAAGGUUCGUGAGUCAUCAGGACGUAAAUAAGAAACUUAUAGAAAUUAGAACAUUUAAAUAGAUAUUGCAAUAUUUCAAAUAAUUAGUGACAUAAUAACGUUUUAAGAAGCUCAUAGUCACCUUUAAAUUUAGGAAAAUCCAUGAUGAAUAUCGCCUUCUAUCAGUUCUUAAAAAAAAAACCUUGAUGCGAUCCAUUGACCUACCCCGGCAUAUAGUAUUUAGGAAAGAGAGAGUCGCUAUCUAUGUAAAUUUCAUUUUAUUUCAUUUGUAUCUUCACUUUCUUCCAUUCGUAACUCGACCUUAUACAAAUCGACAAUAACAAAGUGUGCCAUGAAAGUAAAUGCCGUUAUAAUUUUGUUUUGUUUUGCAUUAACAAAUGCAUCAGAAGAAAUUACCGAUGUCCAAACUGAUGAUAAAGAAGAAGGAAUUUGGAGUUCAUUGUUAGAAGAAUGGGCAACUAGUAAAUCUAGCAAUCACAGACAAAGUCGGGUAAUGCUAAUUCCAAUAUCGCCGAAUUCCUUUGUAGCAGAAGACAAAAUGAGUAAUAUUUCAAAAGAAAGUAAAGUAAUACCGGGAAAAAUUGUUAACAACAUUAUGCCACCUAAAGUUCAAGUAAGCGGAGGUCGGCAGGUUUCUGAAACGGAUCUCUAUCUGCUUGGUGCCAUUGAAAAGUUGGUUUACAAAGUUGAUUUUAUGGAGAAAAGGUUAAGAAGAGUAGAAGAAAUGCUGUAUUACAACAUGGCAGGCAAUAGAAUUGAUACAGAAUCAUGCCCCGGUAAUUUUACGCGUGUUGGACAUGAGUGUUACCAUUUUAACAGUUUAACGGGACGAGAAUUCGAUUGGAAGGUAGCCAGUAAAACUUGCAAAAAGAUGGGUGGAUUUUUGGCCGAAAUGGAAACAAUUGAAGAAAACCAAGAUUUAGUUACUUUUAUUUUAUCUAAGCAACAAUUAAAAGGUAGGGACUUUUGGGUAGGAGGUCUGAAUCCCGGACUCCUUUGGAUAUGGAGUAACAGCGCUAGACCAGUCACUGCACCGGGUUCUCAAAACAACAAAGAAAAUCCUUCAGCCGCAAUUCAUGGUGAAGGAAGAUGUUUGAGAUUAGCUUACAAUCCUGCACUGCGUUUCUAUCAUUAUAAGGGUACAGACUGCUCUAUAAGAUACAACUUUAUAUGUGAAGCUCCCGAAAAUAAGUCGAGUAAUGAAAUUAGAAGACUAGGUAGAAGUAAAAAUAUACUUAACGAUGAGUUGUAAAAGAUACUUUAAAAGGUAGCCAUCCUGUAUAAUAUGAAUUGAAAACUAAACAGCUUACGAAAAAUAAACGCGAAGAACGAUCCAGGAUUUUUGAAAACAGCUGGCAACGUCACAAGUAAUUCAGCAGUAAUUAUUGAAAAAAAGGUACUUUUCAGAAGCAGAUUUCGAUAUAAUUUAUUGUAACAUUCAUUCUUAAUCAAAUAUAACUUUUUAACAAUAAAUUAUUUCAUAAUUAGCUGUUGGAUAGAAAUAAUUGUCAAAAGAAAUGUAAAUUUUCGAAAAUAGAAUUAAAAUCAGUUGCUUAUUUGACAAAUUCUCUAAGUUUUUUAAGUAACCUUUGAAAAUACUUAUUCAGUAAGUAGGUAUCUAUUCAGUAUUCAGGUUACAUUUUUCUUGUCAAUAUGAUUAGAAAUUGUUUUAUAUUUAUUAAACUUUUGUAAGAAAUUUAAGAAUUAUGGGAUUUAAUUUUCUAUAAAAUAAUAAAUUAAAUUUUGUCAGUCUUUGUUUCUGAAGUGCAUAUAUAUUUUAUAAAAUUCUAAUAUUUUUAUUUAUUUUAUUUAUUUAUAU